CAGUCCCCGGGGGGCGGAGUGGAUGCGAGGAUGUUGAGUUUGUGACGAUAAGCAAUGUAAAUGAAAAAAAAAAACCCCAAUGACGAAAUAACUGUGAUCCAGGACAAGUAGCGGUCGCGAAUUCACACGGUACUGCGCAAAAGGCCAUAUCAUUUUAAGCCCAGCCAGCUGGCCGCCCACCCCGUGUGACCUCUGGAAAGGCUUGUUAGGAGCACUAUGGGGAACACAAGCAGUGAAAGGGCCGGCAUGGGCCAGGAAAAGGCCCACAGAAGGGAUAGUCGAGGAACCAAGGAAGGAGACCGUCCUAAAAUCCUGAUGGACAGCCCAGAGGAUGCUGAUAUUUUUCAUGGGGUGGACAUCAAAGCACCAUUAGAAAAAGAGGAAUUCAUCGAUUGGAGACCAGACCUGGAGACCAAUGAAAAGGUUCUAAUUCUAGAUCGACCCACUGUAUUUCGGUGGACAGGAGCUGGAAAGGAAGUCUAUAUUUCUGGCUCUUUUAAUAAUUGGAACAAUAAGAUUCCUUUGAUAAGGAGUCAAAACAACUUUGUGGCAAUUGUGGAUUUGCCUGAAGGUGAGCACCAGUAUAAGUUUUUUGUGGAUGGACAGUGGACACAUGACCCAACAGAGCCUGUGGUGACCAACCAGCUCGGCACAGUCAACAACUUCAUCCAGGUGAAGAAGACAGACUUUGAGGUGUUCGAUGCACUCAUGGUGGAUUCACAGAAAUGCUCUGACAUGUCAGACCUGUCCAGCUCUCCUCCUGGGCUGUAUCAUCAGGACGCUUAUGUACCCAAACAGGAGGAGAAGUUCAAAUCUCCACCCAUUCUACCCCCUCAUCUCCUACAGGUCAUCCUCAAUAAGGACACAGGCAUCUCUUGUGAUCCAGCUUUGCUCCCUGAGCCCAAUCACGUCAUGCUUAAUCACCUGUACGCUCUGUCCAUUAAGGACGGCGUAAUGGUUCUGAGUGCCACACAUCGGUAUAAGAAGAAAUAUGUCACAACUGUGCUGUACAAGCCAAUCUGAGAAACAUGACCAUUUCAACACUCAACGUACAUGACCUCUGUCUAGCUUGGCUGUUUUAUAUAGUAUGUAUUACUGUAAAUCGGGAUGUACAGAGAUGCGCUUUAGAGGUAAAUCCCACCUUAUUGGCUAUAAACUAAUCAGAAACAUAGAAAUAGCUUAGAUUUACAGGACAGUUAAGCACAUAUCUACUCUUUUUGAGGUUGGUACACUUUUUAAACACUGUUCAAAUCGACUGAAUCUAAACCAAUAUAGGACAUAGAAGGAAGAGAUGUGUUGUUGAAUGUGAAAAAUUAGUGUAAAUAGAGCUUGACAUGUUUGUUUAAUUUAGUGUUUAAAUUAUUAAAUGUGUGUGUAGAUACAUUAUAGAUAUAUAAUAGAUAUAUUAUUAGGUAGCAUAAUGACAUUUCAGCCAUUUAUCGGUCAGAAAAAGGCCAUUUACCAGCAGUUUGUGUUUGGGGCCAAAUAUAUAAAAACUGAAGGGUUUAAGAAACUUUGUUUCACUCGAGAAACUAAUCAACUUUUUCAAUUCCAUGAAAAAAGUUAAUAUUUUUAAUCCAUUGUUUUUAUUUAUUUAUUUUUUAUCUUCUGCAUUUUUAUUAGAACAGAACAAAAUAAAUAUAGCAAAAGUCUUUACUUGAUGUAACUCUUAAUCUCUUAAUUAAAUAUCACUUUGAAUAAAUGAUUC